AUGCUCGGUUUUAGCGGCGCUAGUUCCGCCGGUGUCGACAAGGCGGCUAUGGCUGCGCGAGCUGCUUCUGAAGGAUCAUGGUCGGAACUUGCAGUGCUUCUGGCUCUUAUUGAUGCUCUUGAUGAUGGGAAGCUCUACAGCGCAGCACUAGGCGAGGUUCUCGAGGAGUCGUACCAGGUGUUUAAAUACUAUGGCGGCGCCGCCGAUAAAAUUAAUGGUGACACUAUCGAGACAUCCCCGGCCAAGCUAGCCUAUGUUCUUCGUGAACCGUUGGGUGUUUGUGGUCAAAUUAUUUCCUGGAACUACCCAUUCAUGAUGCUUGCCUGGAAGGUUGCAUCUGCGCUAGCCUGUGGCAAUACAGUCGUUUUGAAGCCAGCGGAGCAAACCCCUCUGUCUGCCAUGUACUUUGGCAAGUUCAUUCAAGAGGCUGAUCUUCCUCCCGGUAUGGUGAACAUCAUUCCCGGUCCUGGUUCGGAAGCUGGUAAGACCCUGGCCGAACAGACGGAUGUCGAUAAGGUUGCCUUUACCGGAAGCACAAAUACUGGCCGUAUGAUUAUGCGAUCUGCAGUUACUGACCUCAAGAACAUCACCCUGGAGUACGGUGGCAAAAGCCCUUGCAUCACACACAUGGGUAUCAUAAGCAAUCAAGGUGAAGUAGAAGAUAUCUAUGAUGAGUUUCUAUAUCGAUUCGCGGCCAAGGCGCGCUCUCAGAAGACCGGUGACACCUUCACCGAAGGGAACACGAUGGGAGCUAUUCAAGGCAAGAAGAGCGGGGCUAGACUUCUAGCAAGUGGUGUUUGGCAUGGUUCGAAGGGCUAUUUCAUUGAGCCUACUGUUUUCGCAGACACAACUGAGGAUAUGGCCAUCGUCCCUGAAGAGAUAUUUGGGGCCAUGGUCACAAUCUCCAAGUUCAAGGCCCAGGAAGAGGCAAUCGAAAGGGCUAACGACACAUCAUAUGGUCUUGCUGCAGCCAUAUUUACAGGGAAGGUGGACCGCGCCCAUAUUGUCGCACGCAAGCUCCAAGCAGGCAUGGUCUGGAUUAACUCCUCGCAAGAUUCCCACUGUGGAAUUCCUUUCGGCGGGUAUAAAUCAUCGGACAUCGGACGUGAGCUUGGAAAGUACGCUCUAGAUGCGUACACGCAGGCAAAGGCUGUUCAUGUCAACAUAGGCUUGAGACUCUGA